CAAAGGCAUUAUUGAACUCUUGGUGUGUUUUGCUUUGCUUUGGUCAGUGAGCUACGCAAUUUUUUCAUUAUUCCACUUUGAAUUUGACAGUUCAAUUUCCAAUGCAAACCUAGAUUACAAGACGAAUAUCGAAAAAUAAUCAACUGUGUUAGGGUAAUUUAUAACAAUCGUGCUGCACGAUUGCACCGAUUGUAAGAUGGCAACGUUGAAGCAUGACAUCGAAUUACCGAACAAUAUUCCAAAAUGGCUAAUGGAGAAACAUGUAAACUAUCUCAUUUCGUACGGGACCAACAAGGAUGAAUAUAACUAUUCUCAGACCGAGCAUAUGAGGAUGUCUGGCCUAUACUGGGGCCUUACCGCUCUAGAUUUAAUGGGCAAGUUAGAGCAGAUCAAUAGAGAAGAAGUGUUGGAAUUUAUUGGACAAUGUCAAAGUGACAGUGGUGGCAUCAGUGCCAGUAUACAACACGAUCCACAUUUACUUUAUACGCUUAGCGCAGUUCAAAUUUUGUGUUUGUAUAAUGCGUUGGACAUAAUAAACGUCGACAAAGUUGUCGACUACGUUAAGGAGAGGCAGCAGGCAGACGGAAGUUUUGUGGGUGAUCAAUGGGGCGAGGUGGAUGUUCGAUUUUCUUUCUGUGCCGUCGCUACUCUGUCGCUCUUGGACCGUUUAGACGAGAUAGAUGUCGAGAAAGCAGUGGAGUUUGUAUUAAAAUGUAUGAACUUUGACGGAGGAUUUGGCUCAAAGCCAGGAUCUGAGAGUCACGCGGGUUUAAUUUAUUGUUGCGUUGGGCUACUUUCGAUCACAGGGCAUCUGCACCUGAUAGACGCCGAUCGUUUAGGAUGGUGGUUAUGCGAGAGACAACUACCUUCCGGCGGUUUAAACGGUAGACCCGAAAAGUUACCAGAUGUAUGCUACUCUUGGUGGGUGUUAUCGGCGCUAACAAUUUUAGGUCGUCUCCAUUGGAUAGAUAAAAAAGCCUUAGUGGAUUACAUUUUGAGUUGUCAAGAUGUUGAAACUGGCGGAUUCAGUGAUCGGCCCGGUGAUAUGGUUGACCCUUUUCACACUUUGUUUGGCCUCACCGCAUUGUCGAUGUUAGAUGAGAAUUUUUCGUUGAAACCAAUAAAUCCUACUUACUGCAUGCCAGAGUAUAUAAUUGAUCGCUUAGGUCUCGAACCAUCGCGACUCGAUGCGUGAUUAUACAAUGCUUUAUGAUGUACUCUGAUAUGCUUUAUGAUGUACUCUGAUAUGCUUUAUGAUGUACAUUAAUUCUCUUUGUAAAAUAUACAAUUGUGAACUUUCCAAGA